AUGCAGUGCCAGAUCAUAGCGCCGGGCAUCGGCAUAGGUCUUAAGCGCGUCCAACAUUCUGUUGACGCGAUAUUCAUCCAGAGGUUUUCCUUCCCUCUUGGCAUCAUCCUUGAGCUUUUCUACGGCGCUCGUGGCGAUAGUAUCCGCCAGCUGCCUGACAUGUUCGAAAUUGUCCGGUGGUUCCCGGCCUUCUAA